AUGGAUUUCUAUAAGCUCGGCAGCUUUAUGAACUUUAGUAGAAAACAAUUGGAGCAAAUACCUAAAGAAGUUUUACUUGCGUGUGCUCCAGAAGAAAUAGCAUUGAUAUGGAACAAGUUACCAGAGCACCUCAAGAAGGAUAAAGAUAUUAUACAAUACCAAUACUGUACAGAUCAUGAUGAGACUAGAGGUUCUGAGGAUGUUAUAGAUGGACCACCCCCAAGAAAGCUAUUUUGUUGUUAUUGUAAUAUUAGAGAUGUACAAAUUAAUGCUGGGGAAAAGGAAUCCAACGAUAACUUUUUAAACAAGUUUUCUACAUUACUUGGUAUUUGCGAGCAAGAACUUAAAAGGGAGCACGAGACAAUAUUUAGGCAGAAAAUACUUGCUCACUUUCCCAAUUUAAGAGCCGAAAAAUGUGGUCGAGAGUACACCUUAACCACCAUCAAUGCUAAUUUGUUUUCAGUGCUGGAUAAAGAAGAUCAAGAUGAGGAUGCUCUAGCAUUUCAGCACUUUGCCAAAAGACUACGACGAGCCAUUACGGAGUGCAAACCUUCUUUUAAUGGGUCCUUUGAAAAAAAUUGCGAAGAAUUAUGUAUUACAGCUCCUCUACUUGGCGCUGUAAACACUUUACUGUACGGAACAGCAACGCGGGAAGACUGUCGAGCUACACAACCUGCCCUGUCCAUAUGCCAGCUAAUAAUUUUAUCGUACCAUCAGGGAAUGCCCAAAGGGCACAUAGUUCGCAACAAUAAAAACAGAGAGCCUCCCUUACCGCUUUAUAUCGGCUUAUCUCUCCAUGGAAAAGGCAGAGAGAAAACAUUAAUUGAUGAGCUGCAUCAAAAGGCUAUAGACAACAUAGACCACAAAACAACCAGCACUACUAGUAGAAACGAAUUCCAUGGAACCGGUAUUUCAUUAUUUCAGCUUCCAGAAGAAAAUUCGUUGUCCGUCGACCAGAAAUAUAAAACUUCGUACGCGGAUGUAGAGAGCGCUGGAGAUCGAUCUGUGCCAGAACUUCCAGAUUUUUAUUCAAGUGUCCCCGAAUGCGUUUUACCUAGCAAAGUACCUCUUUCACAUUGCUAUGCAGAUAAUGUUGGAAAUGAAAUGAUUAUUUCAAGUAAUAUCGAAGAUAUUUGGAAAAAGGGAGCCCCAUGGUUAACCCAUGUGCACGAUACAAUGGCUCAAGAUAGAACUGAAGAUACCCCUAUAGUAUCAUGGGCUGCUUAUUAUGCUAGCUUAAGUACAAAAGCAGUAGUACCUGCCAAUAAUGCAAUUUUGCCACUGUUUCAUGAAAAAGCAACUGAUCCAAGCAUGAUCAAGCACGCAAUGAACAUCGUUAAAAAUAUAACUCAAAGACUUAACCGUGAUCAAAUUACCGUUAUGUGUGUGGAUCAGCAGCUUUAUUGUAUUUGCAAGCACAUCCAAUGGCAGUAUCCAAGUGAAUUCGGCGAAGAGUUGUUUGUUGUUAUGCUGGGGCCUUUGCACAUUGAGAAAUCUUUCUUGGCAAUUUUAGGUCAGUAUCUUGAAAACAGUGGGUGGAAUGCUGUCACAGGAAAUUCCGGCGUUAUUACCUCUGAAUCAGCUGAAGGACUGUUAAAGGUUUCUAACAUAUUGAAAGCACGUGCUAUACACCAGGUUACAGCAUGCGCUCUUUAUUCAUUGCUUUUUGAAGCAUAUGAAUUAGACGAUCCAGCUGGCAUUACUUUGGAACAGUGGGCUGCUGAAAAAUCAAAAAUCAACCCAAAUUUUAAGUACUGGUAUGGACUUUUAAACUUAGAGAUUCUUGCACUAUGUUUUGUAAAGUCAAUCCGUGAUGCGAAUUUCAAACUAUACAAAAAAUCCAUAGCGAAAAUGAUCCCUUGGUACUUUUUAUUUGAACAUCAAAAUUAUGCCCGGUGGCUUCCUGUUCACUUAGCGGACAUGAUCGAUCUGAAAGCCAAGGUGCCAUCGGUAAAUGCUGAAUUUGAAUCAGGAAAAUUUGUGGUGCCUAUAACUGAUAAAAAAUUUGCUGCACUGGGUAUUGAUCAUGCACAUAAGCAAAAUAACGCAUGA